GGUUGAACUGCUGCUAUUAGCAGGAAACUCGAACAUGUCAAGAAACUGGUCGGAACCUUGGAGACAGCGAUAUGAUGAGGAGCUUCUUUGUAGAAGCACAACUAGGGUUGGCAUGGAAGCGACACUCUUUCUAGUGAUCAACUGUUUGUCACUAUUUGGUAACAUCCUGAUAUGCUUUGUUAUCAUCCAAACGAACGGUCUUCGCCGAAACACCACAAAUGUAUUGAUAGUUGGCUUAGCAGUCUCAGAUAUCCUCCAGGCCCUCCUCGGCAUGCCGCUGACUUGCGGUGUCCUUCUAACGGGAAAGUGGAUCUUCGGGGAGUUCCUCUGCAAAGUCCAGGGGUUCUGGCUUCUGUUCCUAGGAUUCGUGUCACUGCACAGCAUGGCGUUGACCGCGCUCAAUCGAUACUUUUGCGUGGUGAGACCGGAGGUGUAUCGACGUGUAUUUACGAGGAAGUCCACGCUGUUUAUGCUGUGCGCUGUGUGGGUGUUUGCGCUAGCGAGUGUUACUCUACCGCAGAUUUCUGAACAGGUUACUUUCCGCUUUCAGGCCAAUCGCGCAGCUUGUUUUAUAACAUUGACAGAGUUUGCUGAAAAUAUUGUGUACACUUCGUAUUCAGUUAUUAGUUAUAUAGCGCUACCGUUGUGCGUCAUAGUGGUGUGUUAUGCAUAA